AAUGGCACAUCAAAAAAAUAAAAAAUGCGGGUUUUCUAAUUCAAGCUCUGAGUAUAAUGAAUAUCAAAAAAAUCAUUUCUUUAUAAUUUACAAUUUCAUAAUUUUUUGUUGUUGAAAAAAAAAGAUAAAAAUGUUUCAAGCCAUUCUUCCUUUAACAAAAUACCUGAAACCAAAAUCAGUUAACAUCUAUGAUUUUGCUUUCGUUUUACAUUGCAAAGUCACCGUCUUCAUUUUGUUAACCUCUACAAUUUUGGUUUCUGCACGCCAAUUUUUUGGUCAACCUAUAGAAUGUAUGGCCGACGAAAAGAAUCUGGAAUAUGUUAAUCUAUUUUGCUGGACAAUGGGAACGUUCAUUCUGACGGAUUCAAACGAUCAAAUUAACAAUCGUAAUUCGAUUGCAGUCGGAGUUGGAACUGAAUAUACAGACAGCCAAAGGCUUUAUGUUCGUUAUUAUCAAUGGGUUGUGAUCAUACUCCUGAUACAAGCCUUUGUCUUCUAUUUGCCGGCGUUUUUAUGGAAGAAGUGGGAAGGUGGAUUUAUAAGUCAACUUUGCGAUGGAUUUGAAAGAAAGGUGCUUAUUUCGGAUAGUGCCAACAAAGAACGGAGAGCUUACCUGAUGCAGAUUUUCCAUCCGAAUUACAAACAAAUGCAUCGUUCGUACGCCAAGAACUAUUUUCUAUGCGAAAUUCUGAACUUCUUCAUAUGCAUUUUAAACCUUACUUUGAUGAAUACAUUUUUCAAUGGAUUUUGGUCGAGUUACUCUCAAGCAAUGAAACAAAUCCCAUCUUACAAUUGGAAUCAAUGGAACGAAAUGAGUUCAAGGGUAUUCCCCAAAAUUACCAAAUGUGAAUUCUUUAAAUACGGUGGAUCGGGAUCGCAGAGCAAAUUCGAUUGCCUUUGUGUGCUGCCAAUCAAUAUAUUAAAUGAGAAAAUAUUUGCAUUCCUUUAUGUGUGGUUCUUGAUCCUGAUGGUUGUUUCGGCAAUGCAUUUAACUUUUCGUAUAAUUGCAACUUGCAGUAAUGCAGCUCGUAUAAUCAUGACUCAAUGUAGUGUCGGAUGUAAUCAGAAGAAACAAGUUCAUCAACUUGUGCAGGACAUGAGCUAUUCUGAAUGGUUUUUGUUGACUCGUAUUUGUGUAAAUAUUAAUCCUUUAAUGUUUGCAGAGUUAAUUCGCGAUUUGUAUGACUUUCAAAGGCUCCGAAAUAACAAUGAGAUGUCUGUUUAAAAUUUCGCAGGUGUACAAAUGUAAAUAAGAACUGUUGGGGUUAGUUUUUUGUUUUAAACUUAAAACCGCACUAACAGCACUGACCAUAACAUGAAUUGAAUUUCACAUUGAAUGUGAAUUUAUUAUUUUUUUUUGUUACUUAUAUUGUGUAUAAAUAUAUACAUAGAAUUAUUG